CGAAGAUGGAUUUCAAAGGAAAUGAAAUGCUUAAUGAUGGAUGUCACCAAAGUUUAUAAGCAGAAUCAAGAUUGAUUACCAUUUGGGAGUGAAGAGUUACAAAGUGAGGUCUAUUAAAGAUCGCCAACACAACGGCAAAAUGAGAAGUAUCAAUCCAGAACACAAUAAUCAAUCUUGAAAAUGUACACUCAAGCUGAAACAGAGAGCUUUCACAGACAGUUCUUCGACGACUGGCAUGCUUUCGAUGUCUCUCGUUUUGAGCGUCACUUCACGAAAGACAUAAUCUUCAAAGUCGGAAAUGAGGCUGAGAUCAGGGGACUUAAAGCGCUUGAGCAGCACUUUGCAGGUGUUUAUGCUCUCCUCGUCCGUGAGAGCCAUAAACAUUUUCGGAUUGAUACAGUGAGAGAUGGAACUUGCAUCUACAAUGCUUGCGAAGUUUCGAUCGUAACAAAAAGUCGCCCCGAAGAAACCGUCACGUUGCCUGCGCUGGUAUACUUUGUCCGUGUUCCACCUGGAGAGGCCGAGGCUGGGAAGAUCAAAGAGAUGACGGUCUAUCAGGAUUUGGGACCUUUGAAAGCGAUAAUUAUGAGUGCAUCAGCCUAGUCGGACAGGUUAUUGUGGAGGUGGAUGAGCAAUAUAUUCGGUGUCUCAGGGCGAUGUGCACUGUGGAGGUGGGAGUAUUUCAUCGACUAUUGGAUUAGAUUCAUUUCAGAAUACAAAAUCACCUUGGAC